AUGCCAGAUGGCCAGCAGAGAAUUAACCUGCCACCACAAACCACCUACCCUCCAGAUUCACCUGCCACCCCAUACCACCUACCCUCCAGAUUCACCUGUCACCACAGACCACCUACACUCCAGAUUCACCUGUCACCACAGACCACCUACCCUCCAGAUUCACCUGCCACCACAGACCACCUACCCUCCAGAUUCACCUGUCACCCCAUACCACCUACCCUCCAGAUUCACCUGCCACCACAGACCACCUACCCUCCAGAUUCACCUGCCACCACAGACCACCUACCCUCCAGAUUCACCUGUCACCCCAUACCACCUACCCUCCAGAUUCACCUGUCACCGCAGACCACCUACCCUCCAGAUUCACCUGUCACCACAGACCACCUACACUCCAGAUUCACCUGUCACCACAGACCACCUACCCUCCAGAUUCACCUGUCACCCGAUACCACCUACCCUCCAGAUUCACCUGCCACCCCAUACCACCUACCCUCCAGAUUCACCUGUCACCACAAACCACCUACCCUCCAGAUUCACCUGCCACCCCAUACCACCUACCCUCCAGAUUCACCUGUCACCACAGACCACCUACACUCCAGAUUCACCUGCCACCCCAUACCACCUACCCUCCAGAUUCACCUGUCACCACAAACCACCUACCCUCCAGAUUCACCUGCCACCCCAUACCACCUACCCUCCAGAUUCACCUGCCACCUGCCACCACAGACCAUAUACCCUCCAGAUUCACCUGCCACCCCAUACCACCUACCCUCCAGAUUCACCUGUCUCCCCAUACCACCUACCCUCCAGAUUCACCUGCCACCCCAGACCACCUACCCUCCAGAUUCACCUAUCACCCCAUACCACUUACCCUCCAGAUUCACCUGCCACCACAGACCACCUACCCUCCAGAUUCACCUGUCACCCCAUGCCACCUACUCUCCAGAUUCACCUGCCACCACAGACCACCUACCCUCCAGAUUCACCUGCCACCACAGACCACCUACUCUCCAGAUUCACCUGCCACCCCAUACCACCUACCCUCCAGAUUCACCUGUCACCCCAUACCACCUACCCUCCAGAUUCACCUGUCACCACAAACCACCUACCCUCCAGAUUCACCUGCCACCCCAUACCACCUACCCUCCAGAUUCACCUGUCACCCCAUACCACCUACCCUCCAGAUUCACCUGCCACCACAGACCACCUACCCUCCAGAUUCACCUGCCACCACAGACCACCUACCCUCCAGAUUCACCUGUCACCCCAUACCACCUACCCUCCAGAUUCACCUGCCACCACAGACCACCUACCCUGAUGUCAUAUACUGUAAAAGCCUCAGAGUAA